AUGCAAAGCGUUCAAUUUGACAAUAAAAAAGACAAAAAAAAAGAACUUUGCAUUACCAGUAAUGAUGAUUCGAGUAGUGGAACAAUUGUUAAAUAUGAAGAAUAUGUAAUUCACAAAAAAAUUGGGUCCUCUAGCAGCACCGAGGAACAAAAUAAAUUAAGAUUAAAGCUUGAUACAACUUCAUAUCGUACGACAAUCAAUGCAGUUCUUAAUGAAGAAAUCGAAGAGCAGAUGGCAACAAACGUAGAUUUAUUAUCAUCCGGACACCCAAUUCCAGACAGAAUGCUUGUCCAGAUUAAAUCUUUAGAAUUUAAUCCAUUACGGCAACAAAAUCCCAAUGCUAAGAAAUCAAUUCGUCUUGUCAUCCAUUCAGUAACUUACCAUACAAAAUCAAGUGUCCCACUCGAGGAACAAUUGAAAAAAAUGUUUCUCUUUCCUUUUGAUUAUCAUUCAUUUGUUUUUGAUUCAAUGAAGAUAGAUAUUUAUGAUGAUGGGUUAUUUUUAAAUACAAAGAAAAAACUUGGGCGUGCUAAUAUACAAUUAAAUACUUUAAAGCAAGCCAUUAUUAAUCAAAAAGAAUUCGAAAGAACUUUUCCACUUGAAGCUAAGGAAUUUCCGCAUAUGCAGGAAGUUGGUAGCAUCACAAUAAACAUAAAAUUCCAUUUUCCUAAUGACCCACCCUUAACAUCCCAAACGAAUUUCCGUCCACCAGCAAUACGAGCUAAAACAGCACCUCCAGUUCUUAAUAGUAUAAAUCUCACAACUGAAACUGAUGAUACAGACGAAUUCGAUUGUGAUAAUAUUUUAAUAAAUCCUGAAGUAAGAUCUCUUGGCAUACUUGAUAUGGUAUUAUGUCAGGAGACUAGAGAAGCAAUUAAAGAGAUUAAAGUUCUUUAUAAAUCAUUUUUUGAUAAUGGAUGGACUCUAACUAAAUUAGAAUUUUUAGAAGCAUAUAUGUUAUUAGAAAAAUAUUAUGCACAAAAGCCCAAUCCAGUUACGGGAAAUUUGAUCCAAGAUGUGGAUAUAAUGCAAAAAGCUCAAAGAUAUUUAAAAUUUUCAAUGGCUUCUUAUGAUUUUUUUGGCCUUGAUAAAACUGAUUUUAUUUGCUGGGAGUAUGGGCAAAAUGCAGUUACUGUACCUAAUUACAUGGUAAUUAGAGAUCCAGAAACUAAUUCUAUCAUUGUAUCUAUUCGAGGAACUAUGAAUGUUGCUGAUGUGAUUACCGAUGCACUAGCACAUUAUGAACGAUGGAAUGAUGGUCUUUUUCAUCGUGGAGUAUUACGCAGUGCGCAAUAUCUAGUAGAUCGAUCCUUAAAUGAUAUUAGAGCAGCUGUAAUAAAAUUUAAUGCAAAUUCCAUACAUAUAACAGGUCAUUCAUUAGGUGCAUCUAUAUCAUCUAUUGUAACUCUUCUUUUACGAGAAAAAUGUAAAGAUUUACUUCUACGUGGAAUUGAUAUUCGUGCUUGGAAUUUUGCAACUGCUCCAUGUUGCUCACAUGAUUUAGCAUGUAAAACUGAGUCUGUAAAUUAUAUUUAUAAUUUUGUGAACGAGAAUGACGUUAUUCCAAGAUUGAGUUAUGGUAAUUUGAUGGAUUUUAAGGAGUUGGUUAAAUUUGCUGCUAAUGAAUUAAAGAAUGGAGAAUAUAAAAAGUUAAAAUCGACCGAAAGAUUAUCUAAAUUUUUCUCUUCUAUCGAUUCCUAUCGCGCAACUUUAAAAUCUAAUCCGUCUAGCCAAAAGCUAUACAUACCUGGGACAAUACAUUAUUUAUAUAAAGGGUUUUAUCGUUCUCAUACGAAAUCAUCAUUAGUAUGUUAUACUAAAGAUAUAGUGUGUGAAAAAUCCACACCAGAUUUAUUUACAGACAUUAGUUUACGACGGAACUGGUUAUUUCAUCAUUUUCCAGACAGGUACGAUAGGAAGUUUAAAGGUGUUAUAAAAUUUUUGGUAAAAAGAGUGAAUGAAGAAGAAAUUGACAAAAUAGAAAAUUUUUGGAGAAAAUGGAUGAAAAUGGAUGAAAUCGAGCCUAUAUCAGAAGAAGGUGGAAAACGGAUUGGAAAAUGGAUGUCUAGAAGUGGACAUUUUUAA